GGGGGCGGGGGGGGCUGGGCAGGUGUGGCCACGUGUGGGCCCCUCACCUCUUCCGGGUCCACAUGGGGUCUCGUUCUGAGUUUCCCUCAGGCUCCAGGGGAGAGGGCCUGGGCCUGGCAAGAAAAGGCGAGCAGAGGCCGGAGCCCUGAGGGGACCACCCACCGGGGACUGGGGGCCCUCCCAGAGUCCGGUUCAACCGUCCUACCAGCACUGGAGACCCGGGCUGUGCCACGGUCUACACCCGCGGUGCCCCUCCAUUCCUCUUACAGCGUCUCCAGGAACCAGAGGUGAAGGCCCAGGUGUGAGGCCCGCGUCCUCGUGUCACAGAGCAGGAGGCCCAGGCCGUGCCAGGCAUCCAGCUGUCCAGCCCUCGCAUCAUGCCUGUGGAUCAGCUGAGUGAUCUGCGCAAGGUAGUGAACCAGCUGUUCCUGUCCGAGGAGGCCGCGACCCCGUCGCCCUCCUCUGCUUCGAGCCCCCCGCCCUCCUCUGUGGAAGCCGAGGCCUUGCUCCAGGAUGCACUGCUGGCGAUGAUGGCUGACCUGGUGGAGUUCCUGCUCCUCAAGUAUUGCACCAAGGAGCCCAUCACCAAGGCAGAGAUGCUGAACGUGGUCCUCAGAGAUGCCCAGGACCGCUUCCCCGACGUCCUGAGCCGCGCCUCCGAGUGCAUGCUGCUGGUCUUUGGCUUGGAUCUGAAGGAGGUGGACCCGGAGGAGCACACCUACACCCUGUUCCCCACCCUGGGCCUCACCUGGGAUGGGGUGCUGAGCGAUCAUGAGCUGAGCCUGCCCAAGACCGGGCUCCUGGUGGUGGUCCUGGUGGUGAUUUCCCUGCAGGGGGACCGCGCCCCCGAGGAGGUGGUCUGGGAAACGCUGGGUGUCAUGGGGGUGUGUGCCGGGAUGGUGCACUGCAUCUAUGGGGAGCCCAGGGCGCUCCUCACCCAGGUGUGUGUGCAGGAGGGGUACCUGGAGUACCGCCAGGUGCCCCACAGCGACCCCGCCCGCUACGAGUUCCUCUGGGGUCCCCGGGCCCACGCGGAGACCAGCAGGUUGAAAAUCCUGGAGCACCUGCUCAGGGUCAACGGGAGGGUUCCCAGGUCCUGCCGUUUCCUGGCUGCGGUGGCGGUGAAUGAGGAGGAAGAGGGGCCCUGAGCCCGAGGGGCGCCCAGGCUCCUUGCAGGCCAGCAGCUUGUCCAGCAGCUUCGCUCUGUGUUCGAAGAGCGAGCAGUCAGCCUGCCAAGGAGCGGGGGCCGGGCGAGGGGGCACAGGGCGUGGGGCAGCCUUGGGUGCCGUUUCUUUGUGAGCCCGUGGGUGUUCAGCCCUGUUUCCUUUAGUCGUGUUUGUAAUGCUGUUCCGUUCACUAGAAAUCUUGAUAAACUUCCGGGUCUAACUUGGCGAACUGUAUCAACCACACUCGCAUUGGUACUUACCUCGUUCAAGAAGACGAAUUUGCCUUUCUGUAAAAGACGUUUGUCAAUGUGCCAUUUGAUUUAGUGACCCUGAGCCAGAGGACAUGCCGCUGGAAUCAGAAUGGUUUGGGAAAUGUGACAGUCCUUAGCAGUAAAUGAGAUGGACCAUGAAUUCACUCAAUAAAAUUAAAACGGUUAAGCC